GGAGAGGUUGCAAUUGCCACACACAGAUGCUUAUGGAGAGAGAUCUUCAAAACAAGUCAGCUAAUGUUCUAUUCAUGACAAAUACCUAUUUUUGUCUUAACUGAAGUUAUAAUAUCUUCACUGAUUUAUAAGUGAGAAGUUUUGAGUGAGCGGAAAAACGUUGACUUUACCAAAUAUGCAUAGUGCGCUUGGGUGUUGCUGUUUCCGCAUCCCAUCCACAUGAGGACGCAUUUCAUUACCAUUAUUGUUCAAUGUUAAUUGUUUUGAACAGUUUAAGACUUUUUGAUAUUGAAGGACAAUGUUACCCAGGGGGAUAAAGUGGGCAUGUUAUCUAAUGGGGCUCUUCAAUAUCAGCGCCGCCUCCGUUGAUGAUGAAUGGACAGACUCUGCAGGCGAGUCAGGGUCGGGAAUGCUAACAGAGGUGAACCUUCUAGAGGAGUUCUCGCUGCAGGUGUCCAACAGCAGCAAUGCCUCCAUGUCUCUGGAUGUUCUGAGGUGUCCGGUGCUGCAGGUGGGACAGUACUCCACCCUGUCCCUGCCCCUUGCACAACUCUUCAACGACGGGUUUGCAGAUGAGUUCAGUCUGUUGGUGCAGUUACGAAGCCCACAGCGAGACGAACGCAGCGUCCUCACCCUGCUCAGCCAUGACAGCCACAUCCUGCUGCAACUACGCAUCAGCGCAUACACACUCACCUUCAUCAGCACGCAACAGCGCCACUACGAGUUCCCGGUCAGUGGUCUGUCUGACGGCCAGUGGCACCAUGUGGCUGUGAGUGUGUCAUCUGUUAGGCUGGCGCUGUAUGUGGACUGUGCCCUGGUGGAAAGUGUGGACUGGGUGUACCAGGGUAUGGGCAUCACCCCUGAAGGCCUACUAUUGUUGGGAGGGAUCAUAGAGGGCUUCGAGACACCCUUUGAGGGCCAAUUCCGACAGCUGACGUUCCUGAUGGGCGACACAGAUGCCGGCCACCAUCACUGCACUCUUCAUCCUGCCCAGUGUGGGGGGGCCGGGUUCAAGUCCCCCCGCUCCCCACGUACCAACCACGCACUGGAGAAGCUCCUGCUGUCCUCAAAUGACCUGGUGGACCUGCUAGAGAGAUCCAAGGACUCCUCUUUUUUGGAUGUGCAAGUGGGGAAGACUGAUGUGUUUGGGCAGAGUGGGAGUCGGCGUGGGGACGGGACAUGGGGUCCCCGCCAGAAAGGCUCGGUGGGACGAGGGGACGUCUUUGUGGUGGACGAGGACACAGACCUGGCUAAUCCAAACCUCCAGGGGGGACACCUCAACCCUCAGUGGAAACCCAGCAGGCAGGGCCCCAAAGGCAGCCACGAGGGCAAGCCUGAGCCCUCCUCCAAACUCUUGGAGGAAAACAUCACCACGGACAAGAAGACGAAAGACUCUGGAGGGAGGGGCGUCGGCCUGUUUCCCUCAAAACCCUUGGAUGACAUCAUUAUUGAUUUGGACCCUGGGUCUUCACCGAAGAAGCCCUCAGUGGAGUUUCCCCAUGUCGUUAAGACUCAGAUAGAGACCCCCCUGGACCAGGAGCACCCAGACUCUAACCUGCUGAGAGAGGAGGUGGAGUGGCCUCAGACCCCUUCUCAGACUGCCUUCACCCCCACCUCAGAGCCCUCUGCGUCCCCUGUGGAGGCUGUAACUGAGGAGAGGAGACCCACCACACACAUCCCCACCCAGCCUGACCCAGACCCUGACCGGGCUAUCACAGUGGAACGAGGACCAGAACACCCACGCACAGUGACCAUCGUACACAGGGAAGGGGAUCUGGUUCUGGGCUCUGAUGGCCAGAUGUAUAGGCUCCAGAGAGGGCCCCCAGGCCGAAUGGGGCCCCCAGGAAAGGAGGGCUUUCCCGGUCACGCUGGCUUACGUGGGUUUAAAGGUGACAGGGGCCAGCUGGGGCCUGAGGGGCGUGCAGGGCGACAGGGGGAUCCAGGCCCCCCCGGCCCACCUGGUCUGCCGUCCUUCUACCUGUGGAAGAACACUAUUGAGGAGUGGGCUGCUUUUCGGCAAACCUCUUUCUACCAUUUGCUCUAUGCUGGCUGGCCUAGGGAGCAGGGACCCCCAGGACCAGCUGGGGAGAUGGGAAAGACAGGCCCACAGGGGCCAACAGGGGAUCCUGGCCAACAAGGGCCUCCAGGAAUAAUUGGAGAAAUGGGUGAGCCGGGCCCAAAGGGCGUGGCGGGCAGACCAGGGCUCCAUGGGAAAUAUGGAGAGAAUGGGCUGGACGGUCAGCCUGGGAUGCCGGGUGACCCUGGGCGACAGGGACCCUUCGGGUAUAGGGGAGAAGGCGGUUCCAAAGGAGAAAAAGGGGACGAGGGCCUUAUUGGAGCCAAGGGCCAAAGAGGACAUAUUGGAGAACCGGGCGAGAAGAGCUCUAUUGGUUUACCAGGCCGUCCCGGUUAUGUUGGUCCACCAGGGCCUCAGGGAGUCAGAGGGGCCACAGGCUCCGAGGGAAACCCUGGACCUGAUGGGGAGGCUGGGGUUGAUGGGACUCCAGGGCCUCCUGGGACAGUGGGAGCCACUGGUUUCACAGGCCGUGUUGGCGCUCAGGGAGUUAACGGCUCACAGGGAGAGUUGGGGCCUGCUGGAGUCAUCGGCCCCAGAGGCCCCCAGGGACCCCAGGGUUUAAAUGGCGAGAGUGGGCCUCCAGGACUCAGGGGAAUCCAGGGACAGCCUGGGAUGAGUGGUGCCCUUGGUCCGAAAGGUGAUCCUGGGCCUAUGGGGACAAUGGGUAUCUGGGGUGAGCCAGGGUUCGAUGGGCCCAUGGGGCCACUGGGAACACAAGGUCCAAAGGGUUUCCCUGGUAUUACUGGUAAGAGAGGACCAGACGGGGACAAAGGGGACCCUGGACCGAAGGGGGAGAGAUGUGUUCAGGGUGCUUCGGGCAUUCAAGGGCCUCAGGGAGAGAGUGGUCCUAGUGGCUUCCCUGGCUUUACAGGGCUCAAAGGUCAACCUGGCACUAAAGGCAUUGGGGGGGAGAAUGGAGAAACUGGCCCUCAGGGAAAACUGGGCAGAGAUGGGCUGAAGGGGAAUAAGGGACCAGAUGGGCGCAACGGCCAGUCUGGACACAGAGGGACCAAGGGUCGCAUCGGACAGAGAGGGCAUGAUGGCCAGCCUGGUUCACUGGGUUUGCCAGGCCCACUUGGGACAGAGGGACCAGAAGGAAAGCCUGGGUCUCUCUGGUUUAGUGGGAAUAACUGGCGAUAAAGGCCUAAAGGGAUUCCAGGGCAUUGCCGGAGAGCCAGGUCCAGAUGGCCGUUCAGGCCCCCUGGGCCCACCUGGACGGACAGGACCAACAGGUAUCCC